GACCCGGCGCGGCGCGGCCCCGGCGCGCAUGGGGGUGGUGGAGGCGCUGGGCGCCGGCGCGGCGCGGCUGCUCUUCUACCCGUCGCUGCUGUACACGGUGGCGCGGGCGCGGCUGCCCGGGUCCCGCCGGCCCUGGUUCCACCGCAUCGACGAGGUCGUGCUGCUCGGGGCGCUGCCGCUGCGGGGACGCAUCCGCAGGCUGGUGGCGGAGGAGAACGUGCGCGGCGUGGUCACCCUCACCGAGGACUACGAGACCCGGUUCCUCUGUUUUUCCCCCCAGGAAUGGGAGGCAAUGGGAGUGGAGCAACUACGUGUCGGCACUGUGGAUCUAACUGGAGUCCCCACCUUGGAAAACCUGCACAAGGGCGUGGAGUUCAUCCUGAGACACCGAGCCCGUGGUAACAGCGUCUAUGUUCACUGCAAGGCAGGACGCUCCCGCAGUGCCACCAUGGUGGCAGCAUACUUAAUACAGCUGCAUCACUGGAGCCCUCAGGAAGCAAUAGAGGCCAUUGCCAAGAUUCGUCCCCACAUCCUCAUUCGAAACAAGCAAGUCCAGGUCCUGGAGAAAUUUCACAGGAACAUGAUCAAUGGAAGGACUGCAUGACUUAGUAAGAACUAUCAAAAUCCUCAUCUCAGCUGCUAUUAAAAAAGUUUUUAUGAUCUAAAAAAAGCUUAAAUGUUUUCAUUCUUGACCAUAUAAAUAAAGGUUUUACAGUAAAGGGGAAAUAGGGCUGUUUCAUUAAAGCUUUCUUUCCUUAUGGCUAGUAUCCUAGAUCUCUUGGAGCCCCGUAGUUCUUUUCCACAUAUCAAUGCUGAGUGGAACUGCAAUCCACAGGACGUUCAAAAAUAUUUGUAUUUGAAGCGAAGAGGAAAAAACGAAAUACUUUGUCUCAGUAGAGACUUUAUUCAGAUUCUUACCCAAGGGGUUACAGUGCCAACAGAGAGGUGUAGGAGGAAGUGGUCUUAUUUCUGUCUUUUCACCAACACUAUGUUAUAAUUACAGGUGGGGAUUUCCUGUACAGUAAAGGAAGCCAAUGCUCUAAAAAUGAUCUCCCUCUUUAAACUAGGUGAUGACAGAGCAGUAAGCAAAUACUCAGUUGGUUACCACUCCUCUAGGAGAAGUGCUGAAUGUAACCUAAGGGUCCUGGGGGUCAGUUCUGGAAUCUGUCUGCCAGGCCCUCCUUCUGCAGUAGGACACAGAAAUGUUUAAAUGGGGACAUCCCUGGGGGACACAGUGCACGUCUAACUCUGUGACUGACACAGCAGCAACACGCAGUCUCCUAGGCAGUUAAAAUUAGCAGUCUGGGCCAAGGAGAAUGUUCUCCAUAUGCCACAGGAUUUUUUAGUGGUGGAUUGGUUCCAGGCUAAAAUAGCCAUUUGCUGCUGUUUG